CAAACAACAUGGCCUCGAAGAAAACCGUGAAGCUGUUUUAUGACGUUAUUUCACCGUAUUCAUGGAUUGCAUUUGAGGUUCUGAUUCGAUACAAACAGAAAUGGAACAUGAAGCUGGUGCUCAAACCGAUGUUCCUGGGAGGUGUCAUGCAAGCAGCAGAUAAUACACCACCAGCAUUUGUUCCCAGUAAAGGUACCUACAUGUUCCAAGACUUGCAUCGACUGGGAAAACAUUUCAAAGUGCCUAUAAAGAUUCCAAAAAAUCCAGCUGAAGUGUUGUUUCAGAAGGGAUCGCUACAGGCAAUGAGAUUUGUCACAGCGGUGGAUGUCAGUUUCCCGGAAAGCACAGAGAAUCUCUCAAGGGAGUUGUGGUUGAGAAUUUGGAGCAGGGAUGAAGAUAUCACCCAGCCUGACAGUCUUGUGCAGGCUGCAAAAGCAUCUGGACUAAACGAAGCUGUGAUCACAGAUGCUUUACUGAAGAUGAAAGACAAUUCAAUAAAGGACAAACUCAAAGCAAUAACAACAGAGGCUCUAGAACAUGGGGCAUUUGGCGCCCCGACAAUCGUUGCUGAGGUGAACAACACAGAUCAGAUGUUGUUUGGUUCAGACCGGUUUCAUAUACUUGCUGACUUGCUAGGUGAGCAGUAUGUUGGACCAUUAACGGAGCUGGCAAAGUCGAAACUGUAAGACAGUCUUCCAAGAUCAACAUAUCUACAGUUUCUCUAUGUGCUUUAACUUUCUUGUUAUCAGGAUAGUUUACACCAGCAGAGCAAUGUUCGAGUCUCACAGAGAACAGAUCCUUGUAGCACAUUGACGUACUGUAAAUCUUCAACCUUUUCAACCACAAAAGCCUUUUUUUGAGUGGAUUCUAUGUGCUUGUAAUUAGUACGAAAAUGAUGCUAAAAAUGAUUUGCUUGGGUCAUUAAACAUCACCAAGACUGUGCAAAUUAUUUCUCUACACCCCAUAGUUUUCUCAGAAAGUUUCAAAAUAUUGGUUUCAGAGGCUGUUGGAAAGGUUGAAGAAUUGGGGUAGCCUUUUUAUGAUUGUGUAUUAUGGAUAAACUUGUUCCAUUGUCGCGAGCUGGAGUUAUUUGUUAACCCUCCUUUGUUGUGGAGUAUUUCUGUUUCAUAGCUCAGUCUGCAACGGGGAUGAGGUGACCACAGGAAGUUAUAUCAUCGCUUUCCGAGAUGUGAGACUUUGACCCUGCUUACAGAUAUUAAGCCUGUCAAGUGAUCAGUUUAUUAAAUACAGUGGGGUUUUUUUGGGGGGUUUUUUUGUUGUUUUGAAGUGGCGACCUCACAAAAGGGUUUGUGUCAUUAAAAUCAUGUAGUUUUGCUGAUCUAAAUAAAAUAAAUAAAUAAAUACAUAAAUUAUGUCAUCAUCAGGUUACGUCAUUCAACAUGAAUUCCCAGGAACAAAAUGUCUUAGUUUCCACUAUUGCACACACUAUGCAUCAUUUACCUGUACUGUAUACCUCAUGUCAAAUUUACUCUUUUGACCUUUGUUCUGUAAUGUCUGAUAAAGGCACCUGUAUUAACAUUGUUGAGGGAUGAAUAACACUUGAGGAAAACUUACGCCUUCAUGCAGGCAACAAUAUGAAAACCUAUACAUCCACCAUUACCAUUUAUUAUUUGUACUUAUGCAUGAUGACAGUAAUGGUGCUGGUAGUUAAUUAAAAAUGUUUUUUUCAUAGCAUAUGAAAAUGACUCCUAUUGAUUAAUUUGAUAACUGAAUAAAGCUGUGAUUAGCUUUUAUGUGUUAAUUACAUUUGCGUAUGUAGAUCCCGCUGAAAUUCUAUAUAAGUUUUGCUGUUUUAUUUCCAUGUAUAUAUACAUAUAUACUUGUAUGUACCUCAGAUUAGCUUGAUUUACCCAUAUGAUAAUUCUCAUAAUUUUUUUAAUGUAUUGCCACCGAAAUUUUUUGAUUUCUCGCAUUUUUAUUAAAGAAAAAAAUUGUAUAAUCCAAAGAUAAACUACAUGUACCGCAUAUAUCAAAUGUUGUGUGCUUUUUUUUCUGAUUUUUCUACAUGAAAAUUUUCUUUAUGUUUCCUGUGUUCAGCUCAUUUAAUAUACAUGUAGUAUGCAUAGAAUGAGUUCUUAAAGUGUUAAGAUGUAUUAAUAAGGAUUUCUUGUGCUUCGUAAAGUUUUUUCUGUGCUUAUAAUGCAGAAAUAUUGACAAUAUGUUAUUCAAUAAAAGCAUUCAGGUUUGAAUUACUGUAAAAUUUUCCAUCAUAUUUCAUGUUUGAUAUUAUGCUGUAAUAAUUGAUCAGUAUUUGGUACAUAAUUUAAUUUUUAAUAAAAAGGAAAGAAGCAACA